AUUUCCAAUUUGUGUAGGUAGGAGGUUAUAAUUUUGAAAAAGUUGAAUAGAAUGAUAGUAUGUUUUGUAUAAGGAAGUACCAAAAACAAAAAGAACAGGCGAGUUGAGAAUUGAGAUGACAGGUUGGAGUUGGAGUUGGAGAAGUUGUGUUGCACUUGCAAGUCAACAACAACAACAAUUCAGAUUGAGAAAAAGAAGAUUCAAGAUAACUCAUCAUCGUCUUUUAGGACUUGCAUUUCUGUGCUCUUUCUUUUUCUUUCUCUUCUCUCCCAAAAUUCCACGCUCUCCCAACACUCACCAAUUCGCUGACUUGCGCAAUCUUCUAGGAGUUCCCAAUACGUUGAAUGUUAUCACAAAUUUCCCAUUUUUAGUUGUGGGUGUUCUCGGAUUAGUUCUUGCUCUUGAAGGAGGUUUUUUUAGCAUAAGUUAUCAAGCAGAGGUAUGGACUUGGGCAUUAUUCUAUGCUGGAAUUACAGGGGUGGCUUUUGGUUCUGUUUAUUAUCAUUUGAAGCCUGAUAACAAUAGGGUCGUGUGGGACACUUUGCCGAUGAUGGUGGCAUGUUCUUCACUUUUUUCUAGUUUGAUUGUUGAGAGAAUUGGCCAGCGGAUCGGUUUGUGUUGUAUGUGUGCCCUCGUUUUCACUGCCUUUACUUGUGUAGUUUAUGAACGAAUUUAUGAUGAUACUCGGCUCUGCUUGAUGUUCCAGUUAAUUCUUCCCUUAGCUAUUGCAGUUGCGGCAUUUGUAUAUCCUUCCAACUAUACUCACUCAAGAUAUUGGUUUUUAUCAGUAGGUAUUUAUCUGCUAGCAAAAUUUGAAGCUAUUGCUGACAGGAAACUCUACCGCACGAAUGACUACGUUAUCAGUGGGCACUCUUUGGAACACUUGAGCUUAGCGCUUAUCCCAUUUUUACUUAGUGUGAUGCUCCUUUACAGGGAACGCAAGUUCAAAAGAUUAGGAGAUCUUAAAGAUCAGCUUUGAAGAAUUGAUAUUGCCAAAGGUGUUGAUGUUAUGUACAAUUUAUCUUGGCUACUAGAGAUGUUGUAGUAAAAUCAACAGCCAAUGAUUUUGUGAGUGAUUUUAGAUGGUUCACAAAAGGGAUGGAAUUCUCUUCCAUAAUAUUGAGCUGACAAGUGUAGUUGUGUAUUGGUUUAGGUAACAAAACUAGAAUUCUUAAUUGAUUUUUUUUUCAAUUUUUUUUCUUAUGUACUUGAAGUUUUUAGAAUAGAAUAUAGUUUCUCCAACACGUGGCAUUGAACCUUUUUAUUUACUAUUUUGUCUAUUUUUCUUU